AUGAUUUACGCACUCUUUCUCCUUGCAACCAGCCUAACCGCUGCUGUUGCCAAGAAAGCCUCAUAUACCUUCUAUCCUCCCAAGGCUGAACCCUUUCUGACCAUCGACUUCACAGUCGGAUGGCCCGUCAACGUGACCACCCCCAAUGCCAUUGUAGCAAGUAUUCCUAAUGCAGGCGGACCGGUCAAUGGCCAUCUGCAGGGCAACAUCAUUGCGAAUUUGACCGGUGCGACUGAGACGGUGUUGAAGUCCACUGGUGCAGAGUAUACGAACUACCAGAACCACUAUGUCUUCGCUGAUAAAUCAGGGAACAACUUCUUGGUUAAAAUGGCGGGGAUCGCAAGAUACGCCAACCUGGACAUUCACGGCUUUGCUCACGUAACCAUUGAAACUGGCGCUCCGGGCCUCGAAUGGAUCAAUUAUGCCAUGUUUGUGGGUGAAUGGAACGGCGGGAUGGAUUCUGGUACAGGGAUCGCGAAACUUGAGAUAUUCCACAUCACCACUGGUGGACGGAGGGACGGCAAAUGCAUCAAAGCUCUUGAGCCGGAACUUCCUUGCCAUAAAUCCUAUUAA